AUGGAUGAGGCGGGAACACACACAGGCCACAAAAGUUAUCCCACCUGUGUUCUUGAGGCGGUUGCUUCAUACGAUAGGUGGUUUUGGCAUGGGUAUUUUGGAGUGGGUGGAUCAAGAAAUGAUCUUAAUGUUUUGAAGUUCUCUAAUUUGUUUGAUGACAAUGUCAAUGGUAUUGCACCACCUUGUCAUUUUACUAUCAAUGGGAACCAGUACAUGCAGGGGUAUUAUUUAGUGGAUGGAAUUUAUAAGAGUUACUCUGUGUUAGUCCAAGGUUACGGUGCACCCAGUGGUAUUCCAAUUCUCGAGUUAUUUAACAAAUAUCAAAUGGCUAAGAGGAAAGAUGUGGAACAGGCAUUUGGGACACUGCAAAGUAAAUUUAGGAUCCUUUACCACAGAUGUAACUACUGUGAAAAGCAAGAUAUGAAAUCGAUCAUGAGAACCUGCUUGAUAUUGCAUAAUAUCAUUGUAGAGGAUGAAUAUCGUGACCCGGAGUGGAAAUAUGUGCCAGACCCACCUCAUGCACCUAUAGUUGGAUACUUGAGGCAGACAAGUGAGUCAUUACAAAACCCCGUUCUUCAGGAGAGACUUCGUACGGAUCUUGCAACUCAUAUAUGGGAACGGCAUGGUCAAGGUCUAAGGGAUGGUGAAAUGCCUGGAGAUGCGAUAGACAAUGAGCUGGAUUCGGGAGAAGACACGGACGAGGUUGAUGUUGAUCAAGACCAUUACGACCCUGGACAAGUUUUUUUGGGCUCCGAUUCAGAAGGACUUUAUUAUAUGUUUUUUUAUUUAUGUGAGCGGUGA